AUGGAUUUCUCAUUUAGUGAGCAGGUGGACCGGCUCUUGGCCCAGCUGAAGGUGGACUUGUUGAGACACCACGAGCAGCACCGCCCAGCGCCUCCGGGCCCUGUGGGCCCUGCGAGCCCUGCGAGCCCAGCGCCACCGGCGCCUGUGGUCACGGCACGACAACUGCAGGAGCUGAGCGAUGGGCCUGGGCUCAUGGGACAGGUGCUCACAGACUCUGAGUCGGAUGACGAGCUGCAAUCGCCCACGCAGGUGAAGGAUCUAGCCGUGAAACCCAAGUCGGAGCCAAAGAUCUUCGCGGCGCCGUCCUCCGUGCCACCACCUCUGGUGACCGCGGAGGGGCUGCAGCGGAGUGGGAGCUCCGCCAUCCUCGCCGCUUCCGGAAACGCUGGGAGCGCUGAGAGUGAAAGUCCCCAGAGGAGGAGGAGUCUUGGGAGCAAAGUCUUUGGUAAACCGAGCUCGCAAACCAACCUUCCCUCGAAGUCCGACACCUCCUCGGAAGGCUUUGGGUCUUCGGAUGACGAGGAGGUCGCCCCCCAAAAAGCCCCACGGAGAACUGGGAGCGCCAUCCCUGAAUUCUUCAAGGCGUCAGUGGCCACCGAGAGCCGAUUUCGAGCCUUUGUGGAAGAUCCUGACUCCAGUAAUUUUGCUUUCUAUUUUGCCCAGCUGCAGUAUUGUUUUCUUCUCAUUACCAGUGGAACCAUCAUUUGGCAAGCGUCACGGGUGCCUGGGACGCCGAUGCUUCCCAACAGUUUGCACGUCAACAUUGUCCACUGUGUUUGUGAGGGACUCUUGUUCUUUGAUUGUGUGGCGCGUUGGUCUGUCAGUUACAGCUGCAAGAGCUACAUCCAAAAUCCUUAUAAUAUCAUUGACUUGUUGGCCGUGCUACCCUUGCCCUUGCGCAUCACCCUGGGCGUUCCUUUGCCUUCGAUGGAAGACAAUCUGGUGGUGCACGUCUUACUGGUGGGUUUUGUGCCUUUCAUCCGACUGCUGAAGAUGGUGAGACGUUUCCACAAGAUAGAAAUACUGCUGCAUGUGCUGUCAACCACCAUUGAUGCGUUGAAGCUCCUCCUCUUCAUGGUUUCCAUCAUUGUGCUGGCGUUUUCCAUUGUACUCUAUGUCGUUGAUGAUCCUCUGGAAAUUGACUCACUGUCCACGGCCAUCUACAUGUGUAUUGUCACGGUCACAACUGUGGGUUACGGCGAUAUAACGCCAAAGUCUUGGCCCGCCAAAGUCGUCUCAGGAUGUUUGUGCUUUAUUAGCGUGCUCUUUAUGGCCAUGCCUUUGUCAGUGGUCGGCAACGCCAUGUCCGAAACCUGGUCGGACCGGCAUCGCAUUUUGCUGGUGACCCGAGCCAGACGGAGAUUGAAAACUUGGGGCGUUUCCGCCGACGACUUGCCGAAUAUCUUCAAAAAAUUCGACGCCGACGGCAACGGUGAGCUGGGCAUGGAUGAGUUUAUUGACUUCAUUUCGCGGAUGAAGGUUGGGAUCAAGCCUUCAGAGGCUUCUGACCUUUUCUUGGCGUUUGACACGGACGGCAGUGGAGGCAUUGACGAGAAAGAAUUCAUGAAGACCCUCUUCCCCGUAGACUAUCGCCGUAUCUACCGACGCGCGUCGACCGCGGCUUAA